AAAAGUGUGUGAGUCAAGUGAGUUGUAAUAAUAUCAUGCAAUGUCCACACUAAAUGCAGCCAAUGGAAUUUGUCCUUGGAAGUUUGGCGCAAAGAAGCAGAAGCCACUUGACUAACCAUCAACAACCCUUUUAAUUAACCUGUGGUUCAGUUGGCUAACUCAUUUACCUGGCAGGGGGUGAACUGUUUUACAAAUGCUUGACAAUAAAAUAGUUAAGUUAUACCUAAAAAGAUAAUUGUUAACAGAAUGACUGCGACAGAUGAAACAUAUUUGUGGAGAGAGAAGAUUGAGGAGAAGCUCAAACGGGAUCAAGAUCUGCUGACAUUCGUUAGCGACAGCCUCAAAAGAAGUGAUCAGCUGACUGAAGGCAUGGUGUCCAUUCUCUCGUCGUUGGAGGGCCGUUUGGAGCACCUGGAGAACUCGGUCAUUCCCAUGCACGACAGCACACAGAACCUACUGCAGCUGAAGGGGACAACGCAGAAGACAUUAUUCUACCUGGACGAUGCCAUCAGCCAUUACCAAGCCGUCCGAGACACAGACAAGGUCAUCAUACAGGGGCCUACAGGAAGACUUUCUGACUAUCUAGCCUGUGUUCACCGACUCAAGAAAGCAGAGGAGUACUUUCAACAGGAAGACCCGGACGGGCCUGAACUGAAUAUGCUGAGAGGUCGUUUAGAGAGUGCCAAGUCACAGCUGGAGUCCGAGUUCCAAGUCCUGUUGGGGCGCUACAGCAAGCCAGUGCAGACAGUCAGAAUCCUGGAUGUCCUGGACAAAAAGUCACUGAAUGGGUCUGCAGGCGGAGUGGAGGAGGUACAACUCAUACCCCAAACUAGGCUUCAGGACAUCAUCUCCAUCUCCACCUGGCUGAUAGGUGAGGAUGCAGAUCUGACAGCUAAGAGGAGAGUCUCUGCCAGCAAAUUCAAAACACGGUCACUGGAAAGAAACCCAUCCCACCACUCUCUGGGAAAACUGGAGCCCAGCAGCUUUUUCACCAAUAAGUCCUACUGCUCCAAACUUAAAACACAGUCUCUAGGCAGAAAGCCAUCAAUAGAAAACAAGCCAUCAAUGGACUCUCUUGGAAAACUGAAAGCAAACAGCCUGUUCACCAAGAUGAUCGGCCUGAAGUCAUUUGGUAAAUUCAAAACGCUGUCCCUGGACAGAAAGCCAUCACUAGACAAGAAUCCAUCACUAGACUCCCUUGGAAAACUGGAAUCCAGUAGCUCUUUCACCAAGACAACCAUCUUUGAGUCCAUCCCAUUUCUGCCUAGAGACUCCACCUCCCAUACCUUCCCAUCUUGCAAACCCAAGCCCCCAGCUUCCACCUCCUACAUCCUGCCAUACUUCAGACCCAAGCCCAGCUCAGCCUUUGACCUCAAGGCCCACUACGCCAUGGUGCGCUCCAAUCAGUUGGACUGCUCCAUGAAGGGUUUGAAGGACCACAAGAGUAGGAACCUCCUCUACCCGGUGUUGCAGAGCAGGCGUGUGGAUUCUGCCGUCAAGAAGAACAAAAAAACAGGGCGGGACAGCAUAUUACACAUUGAGAUUGAGACCUACAUGGCCUGCAUCACAGCCUUCUUGUCCCUGGCCAAGAGUGAAUACACCAUGGUGUCCAAAGUCUUCCCUCUGAACUGCUCCAAUACCUUUGAAACUCUCAUCCAGGUGGCUCUGAACCAGCUGAUCCAGAAUGGGGAGAACAUCGUGUCCUCUGUCAGACGAGCCUGUUCACGUCACGACUACACAGCCCUUGUCGCCAUGUUACCUGUCCUGGGCCGUCUCCUGGAGGAGGACAAAGAGUUUAACACGUUACUAAAGGGGGGUCAGGUGCACAACAAGCGGCACCUGGCCAAGUUUUCCAAACUCGUUACAUCUAUGAAGACCCUGGCAGCCAGAGCACUGAUGGACUUUUCUGCUCACCGCCAAGGUAAAGUGCUGGAGCAUCUCCAGUACAACCUACAGAGUAAGGCCAAGGUGUACGAGACCACGCUCCGGGGCCAUCUUCCUCAACAACUACAACUACAUCCUCAAGUCAAUGAAGAAUUCAGGGUUGUAAGUGAAUUUGUCACAGCUCACAGGGGUGGCAGACUAGCUAUGACAGGGACAUCUACCUGCAGGUCAUCUCUGUUUGAAGUGGUUAAAACCAGCGGCAGGGAUCCGGAGGUUGAGUACGGGGAACUGAUUGAGCAACAGAAGCAGGUGUACCAGCACAGUUGGUUGAAGGUGACCGAGUGCCUGACUGAAAAGAAUCUGCCCACCUUUAAGCCAGGUGACAAGUUGAAAGAAAAAGACUGUCAGGUGAUUAAAGACAAGUUCAAGAGCUUCAACGAGGGCCUGGAGGAACUGUAUAAGGCUCAGAAAGCGUGGGCCAUCCCAGACAGAGAGCAGCGCCAGGCCAUCUGUCAGGCCCAGAGAGAGAUGGUGUCCCUAGGCCUACACAGCCUUUCUGCUGAGGGGAGUCAUGGCAUAUCACAGAGCUUAUGA